CCGCAUAUCGCCCCCCACGCCGUUGCCGACUUGAUCUCGAAACCCCAAUACGUACGAUACGAAAUAAAUCUCAAAGACUACUGUACCGCCCUCGGAGAAACCAUCGCGAUCGCUAGCCUCACAAAUCGAUAGUGCCAGUGUAUGAGGGGUUUGGCUGAGGAGUAGCCUCAACUUCUCUUUCGAGGAGAUGGCCGUCAACAGAAUAAGAGGCGCUUUUGCGCCGCCGAGAAAAGGAGAGACUUUCGAAUUGAGAGCAGGUCUAGUCUCUCAAUAUGCCUACGAACGGAAGGAAGCUAUCCAGAAGACUAUCAUGUCUAUGACCUUGGGCAAGGACGUGUCUGCUCUGUUUCCUGAUGUGCUCAAGAACAUUGCAACAGCAGACCUAGACCAAAAGAAGCUGGUAUACUUAUAUCUCAUGAACUAUGCGAAAUCACAUCCCGAUCUUUGUAUCCUCGCUGUAAACACAUUCGUGCAAGAUUCCGAAGAUCCGAAUCCUCUUGUACGAGCAUUAGCUAUACGAACAAUGGGAUGCAUUCGUGUGGACAAGAUGACGGACUACAUGGAGGAACCACUACGAAAAACGCUGAGAGAUGAAUCGCCAUACGUACGGAAAACGGCAGCUCUUUGCGUGGCCAAGCUAUUCGACCUUGCUCCCCAGAUGUGUAUCGAGAACGGCUUUUUAGAACAGCUCCAAGAAUUAGUUGGCGAUCCCAACCCUAUGGUCGUCGCAAACUCGGUCACUGCAUUAGUAGAGAUCAACGAAGCGGCACCAGAAACAAAGGCCCUCGCCAUCACUUCGACACUACUCAAGAAGAUGCUUCUCGCGUUGAAUGAGUGCACAGAAUGGGGGCGGGUCACUCUCCUCACAACUCUGGCAGACUACAGGGCAGUGGAUGUUAAAGAGUCAGAGCACAUUUGCGAAAGAGUGGUUCCACAGUUCCAACAUGUCAACCCGAGCGUGGUGUUGGCCGCCGUCAAAGUUGUUUUCUUGCACAUGAGACACAUCUCUCCCGACUUGAUGAAGUCGUAUGCGAAGAAGAUGGCACCGCCACUGGUCACGCUGGUAUCAUCUGCGCCAGAAGUUCAAUAUGUUGCUCUGCGAAACAUUGACCUCCUCCUUCAGAAGCAGUCGGACAUUCUCAGCAAAGAAAUGCGCGUCUUCUUCUGCAAAUACAACGAUCCACCGUAUCUGAAGAUGCAGAAGCUCGAGAUAAUGGUCAGGAUAGCAAACGACAAGAACGUAGAUCAGCUGCUUGCCGAAUUGAAGGAGUAUGCCAUGGAGGUGGAUAUGGACUUUGUUCGACGAUCCGUCAAAGCUAUUGGGCAAGUUGCGAUCAAGAUUGAGAGCGCGAGCGAGAAGUGUGUCAAUACACUCCUCGACCUUAUCAACACAAAGGUCAACUACGUCGUGCAGGAAGCAAUAGUAGUGAUCAAGGACAUUUUCCGAAAGUACCCAGGUUACGAAGGCAUAAUACCGACGCUUUGCCAGUGCAUAGAUGAGCUGGAUGAGCCUAACGCAAGAGCGUCUCUUAUCUGGAUCGUCGGAGAAUACGCCGAGAAGAUCAACAAUGCUGGCGAGAUACUUUCAAAUUUCGUGGACACUUUUGCCGAAGAGUUUACGCAGACACAACUCCAGAUUCUCACAGCUGUUGUUAAGCUAUUCCUCAAGAAGCCGGAUCAGGCGCAAGGUCUAGUUACGAAGGUUCUGCAAGCCGCAACCGCAGAUAACGAUAAUCCUGAUAUUCGGGAUCGAGCUUAUGUUUACUGGCGAUUGCUGUCAAGCGAUCCUCAGAUAGCGAAGGAUAUCGUACUUUCUGAUAAACCCCCAAUUACGUCAACAAUCCGGUCACUACCUCCUCAGCUACUGGAAACACUCCUUGCCGAACUCUCCACGCUCGCUUCCGUGUACCAUAAGCCACCAGAGGCCUUCCUUGGACAAGGUCGCUUCGGUGCGGAGGCCAUGCAGCGGGCUGCCAUUGAGGAGCAGCAGGAAGAAGCGCGGGAAAAUCCAAUCGCUGCCGCGGCUGCUGCUGCGGCCGUCAGCGGUCAAGCACCAACGAAUAUGGAGAAUCUUCUGGACAUUGAUUUUGACGGCUCUGCACCAGCUUCACUGCAGAAACAGCCCAUACAAGGGGAAUCAGGUCUCGAAGGCCUUGCAGGCACACCGCAGCGUGUUGCAUCACCGAGCAGCGGGCCUGCACAACGACAAUCCAACAUGGAUGAUCUAUUAGGAUUGUUCGGAGACGGUGGGAGUGGGGGUGGAGGAGCGGGUGGCCAAGGUGGACAACCGAGCAGCGAUGAUAUAAUGAACGGCUUUGCGGACAUGAAUCUACAGACCAACCAGCCUGCGCCUGCGACUCAGCAAUUGAGUAGCGAACCGAGCAAGAAGAGCAACCAGGACUUACUGGACCUGUUCUAGGCAUGUAGCAUGGGAGGCAUAUCCUUUGUCCGGCUUUCGAGUUAGCGAAAAGUAUCUGCAGGCAAUGAGCAUCUGGCGGCGCAUGCGGUAUGUCAUGUACGACAAGAUGUAUAGAGAGAGGCGUGCAAUCACUUGUCAUGUUUAGACACUUAGCACUGAGUGAGUAGUUAUGCGAUGAAUAUCUACGAGCUGCCUGGCCGCUGUGCUAUAUACAGAUGGAGACAGAUGCGUACUUUGUCGAAGACAGCAAGUAGAGACUAGGCAGGCAAUACAGACAUAUGUGAGAUGGAAGCUGCUGGAGACACUACCUUACAGCUCUCGCUUGAAAGCCAUAGGUAGUCUGACAGUUGUCGCAUUAGGAAAGGCCAUGACAGGAGCCGAGGAGGGUGCGGUCUAUCAGCAUCUAGACGUAUAGAAUUUAAGAUUAAGGAACAGC